UCAGCAUUUCGAGCGAAGACACUGAUUCCUUCUCCUUCUUUCAUUCUCACCUCACUCUUCAACCCCAAUCCCUGUGAUUCUUCUCUACCAAAGAUUGGAAACAAAGGAAAAAAAAAAACCCCCCCAAAAAAAAGAAAGAAAACGAAGAGGACUUUUGUAUAAUUUGCUCUGUUAUAAAACAUGUCUUCCGUCAAUGAGUUCCGGAGAGACAUUAUUACCAUGGAUAAUUGUAUUCAAAUUGUCUUAAAUGGUAUAGAGCCAUUAAGACGGAUACCUGUGGACUGGAGGCAUGAGCCGCCAUAUGAACGUAUAGAAUUGUGGGGAUUGGCGAGAAUCUUUUAUAUGUGUGGGAAAAAGUGGGGGAAAGGUGAGCAUUGCGAAUCUGUACUGUGUACUUUGGAGGAAAAAAUUUACCAGUGUUCUCUGGAGGUUCAGAUUAUUUGCCUCCCAAUCUUAGAGGUUGUUGACCAUCGGGUGUGGGAGCUACUGGCCCAAUAUUUUCCCUUCAUGCAACAGGCCCAAUAUUUUCCCUUCAGAAUGAUUUGGCCAAUUAUGAGAGAAAUGAACGAACUAGACCAAAUUCUCUCAAACGGGCCAUUAGAAACCUACCCUAGCUCGCAGAUGGAAAUGGAGGAUCUCCUGUUUAUCAUUGAUUCCCUUCUUAGUUUUGAUUUUCACAGUAUUUAUGCAACUGGUGACCUGAAAGAAAGUAUAAGAUUCUUGAAGAAUUUCAUUCUUUUUGUCGCAUUCCGAGGACUUGAGCCCAUGAAGCUAGGAGAUCUAACAACACACGUCAGAGAUGUGGUGGUUGAUGUUGUUUGCUUCAUUUUUAGGACUUUGAACCGCCCACAUGAUGAAUCUUCCAGCUGGUCAAAUCUUUACAAACUCAUAGACAGAGUUGAGCCCGUGGAAUCUCAUGUUUGUGAGAUUUACGUGAAAAUCUUGCAGGAAGCUUCAGAAUUUUCAAACUCGUCGAACGAUCCAGCUCCAGGAUGCCAAGCACUUUUGUUGGCGGAUUUUGUUGAUUCUCUCAUUUUUCUUCUUUCUCAAUUAUUUUUUCGUUGUACCGGUCAGAUGUACAUCUUUGACCAUCAAGUGUACAAACUGUACAAUGGGCUUAGCUUCUUGAGAACCACUCUCAGCGAGCAACAUGAUAAGGGUGAUGAGUUAUAUGAAAAAUUGCGUGAUAUGAUCCAAGUCUUGAUAUGCAAGGCAGGAGUUAUAGUUUGCUAUCUUUUCCAUGGAGAGAAAGAAAGAAGCCUGGGUGCAAAAUUAGAGCUCCUUUUUUCAGAUUUCAUGGAGAAAUUCAAGCUAGUCAAGUCGGAAGAAAAAGUGAUACCAAGAUCUCUACAAGCAUCACACUUUCCUCAAACAAACUUGUUGGGUUUCAUUGAUUCCAUCUUGGAAAAAAUUAAUUCCGUCGAUCAACAUGAGGCUGAUUCAGUAGUUGCUUCAUUUAAGAAUCAGCUUCAAAUCAUCCUUAGUGAUCUUGCAUAUUUAAGAUCUUUUUUGGCUAAUGUUAUGGGGCAGCAUGAUCAAGAUGGGAAGCUUUCACUAUGGAGUCGUGUCGCGGAUGUAGCUUAUGAGACGGAAUUCGUCUUUGAUUCCCUAGUGACAGGAGGCACUCUACAGAGCUUCAUCAUGCCUCUUAACACUAUUAUAAAAGAGAUUGAGCUAGUUAAGAUUGAGGCACAGGGAAGUUCUCACAGCACUAGGAAAAUCACUAAUGUCCACAGUAUACCUAACAAUGAGAUUAAAAAGCCUUUAGCAGGUAACAUCCCAAAAUUUGAUGAGCUUGUUGUGGGAUUGGAUGAUGAGUCAGAUGAGAUAACAUAUAAACUCAAAAGAGAUUUGAAAAGGUUGGACGUUGUUUCCAUAGUUGGUAUGGCUGGGUUAGGGAAAACGACCAUAGCCAAGAAAGUUUAUAGUGAUCUCUCCAUCACCUUUCACUUUCACGUCCGAAUUUGGUUUAAUGUUUCACAAUCAUGGAACAAGAAAAGUUUGUUACUUGAGAUUUUAAGCAGUCUUGAUCUGAUAUAUGCCACCUAUCAAGAAAUCAGUGAAGAUGAUUUGGCUAAUAUACUUCGAAAAUAUUUGAAGGGCAAAAAGUAUCUUGUCAUCUUGGAUGAUGUUUGGGAUAUUGACGUAUGGGAUAAAUUGAAAAUUUCAUUCCCAGAUGAUAGUAUGGGAAGUAGAAUUCUCAUAACGAGUCGAUAUGAAAAUGUGGCUUUGCAAAUCAGACCAGAUCAUGAACCUCAUCAUCUUCGCUUUCUUACCAAUGCUGAGAGUUGGGAACUAUUUCAAAUGAAGAUGUGUUUUGAAGAUUCUUGUCCUACGGAACUACUUGCUCGUGGAAAGAAAAUGGCAACACAUUGCAAGGGAUUGCCGUUGAUGAUUAUAGUUGUUGCCGGAUCUCUUUCCAGUAUGAAGCCAGAUACUUGGGAAGAGAUUGAAGGAAGUCUAAAGAGAGUUAUUCUACCUACCACAAAUGAGUGCAAGGAAAUUCUAGAGUUGAGUUAUCGCCAUCUGCCAGAUUAUUUGAAACCGUGUUUUCUUUAUUUUGGAGCAUACAAAGAGCAUAAAAAGGUAAUGGUUCAUGAAUUUUUAAGAUUAUGGAUUGCAGAAGGCUUCGUGAAAAAAUCUGAAAAAGAAUGCGUGGAGGAUGUUGCGGAGGGUUACAUGAUGGACUUAAUACAAAGGAAUUUAGUCAUGGUUAUCGAAAAGGGUUCCAAAGGCAGGGUGAAAUCUUGUGCCCUUCACGAUCUAUUACUUGACUUCUGCAUGGCAAAAGGCAAACAAGAAAACUUUCUGCAUCGUUUUGAUCGCGAUGGUCUUGGUACUUCUACUCAGUCAAGGAAGCUGUACAGGUUACAUGUUAGCCCUGGCAGGGUUGAGGAUUUUGAAGAGUCAGGUCAAUUCUUUCCAUAUUUACGCACUCUCUUGUUCAAUGAUGAUUGCCAAAUAGGACAUGGAACACAGUGGUUCGGUAUCAUGUACAAUAUUUGUCAGUCCAAACUUUUAAGGGUUUUGUGUUUGAACCGGAUCUUUGAGUUUCGUUUCUUUCCAAGUGCAGUUCAGCUACUAGGACACUUGAGGAACUUGACAUUGGCUUUUGAUCGAUCAAUUCGGAUGCCAUCACUUAGCAUUCCAUCAUCAAUCAUCCGCCUCUCAAACUUGGAGACUUUUACUGUUCUUGGAGGCGUAGACAUUUUUUUGCCAUAUGCCGUAUGGAAUAUGGAAAAGCUAAGACACAUGAUUGCACCUCUGGGGGCUUUUGUGUGGGAAUUGCCUACAGAGAACCCUGAACAUCUUUUACAUUUGAAGAGCUUACAAACUCUUUCCAGUAUAUUAUAUUAUCAUGACCAAACAUUGAAGGAAGUUACUCGAAACUUUCCCAAUCUUCGCCGACUCAGAUGCAUUCUCUCUUUAGUCGAGGAGGAAUAUCAUGCCUUGAAGAUUUUUCCAUUGGAUUUUUUGAGUCAGCUUGAGUCACUCCACAUCACUCGUAAGCGGCAAGAUUUUUGUGUUUAUCAUUUUCAGUUCCCGGAGAAUCUCAAGAAGCUAACUCUAUCAAACCUUGGGCUUGCAUGGAGUGAAAUUUCAUCAAUUGCUGGAUUGCCAAAUCUUGAGGUCCUCAAGUUACUAGAAUCUUCAUUUAAAGGGAAAACGUGGUAUGUUGAAGAAGACACAUUCCCCAAGCUCAAGUUUCUGAAAUUAGAAGAACUGGAUGUAGUUAGUUGGACUACGGAAUCGGAGAAUAUUUUUCCACGUCUCGAGAAGUUGGUUUUAAAGAGAUGUUGGUCAUUGGAGGAAUUACCUUGCUGUUUGGCUUCAACUCUUGUGAUGAUGGAGGUUAUUUACUGUGGAAGAGCCGGUAACUCAAUAAAGCAAAUUGAAAAAUUGAAGACAUGUUUUGGAUAUGAGGAAAUGAAGAUCCUUGUGCACCCUGCACAUUCGGAGGAGUCAUCACCUUCGCAAUCCAACAGUGAAACCGAUCACGCUUCAUAUUCAGAAGAAUCAUUGGAUGGUGAAACAACUCAGUCAUCAAGGGAUAGAACAGGUAGAAACUACAAACUUCCAAUCAACAAGCAAUUUUUGUUUCAUAACUUCAUCAAGUUUCCAAACUUAGCAUUCCUUUUCUUCCAUGGUUUCCUUAAAGAAAAUAGACAAAACGCACUUUUAGUCCCUAAAUUAUGGGGGAUCACCAUUAAUUUUUUACUGACAAAAUUAGUCACCGCCUUUUCGUUUAUUCAACAGUUUUGUUCGAUUUAACAGUCAACUAAUGGUCAACUUCUUUUUCUGUUAAAUUUUUUAUUUUUUAUUAAUUUUUUUACUGAAUUGGGGCUCACAAUAUAUUUUCAAACAACAAAAUCAAUCCCCAAAUAUCUUUUUUUUUUCAACAAUUUUAGUUACUUUAACAGAAUCUUUAAAAUUUAAUGGCACAAUUCAAUUUUUCUUUAAAUCUUUAUUUCUUAUUGAUUACGUAAUGGAUUGUGGGUCCCACAAGUCUUUGAUCAGAUUUUUGUUUUUUUAAAAAUAAAUUAAAAGAAUAAUGAAAGUAUUUCUGACCAACUUCCUAAACACCAAUAUACUACUCCCAAACGUCUCAACAUCACCUCCCACUUGGCAAAGUAGCCCAGAAAAGGAGCUUCAUUAUUGAUCGUUUUCGUUAUCCGUUUUUUUUGGAAUAUAUUUAUCGGGGAGCAGAAUAUUUGGGAUUUCGGAAAUUGGACGAAAAUAUUUUCAUUAUUUAUUUAAUUUUUUUUAAAAAAAAACAUUCUGAUCAAGGACUUGUGGGACCCACAAUCCAUUAAGUAAUGAAUAAAAAAUAAAAACUUAAAGGAAAAUUGAAUUGGGCCAUUAAAUUUUUUAAAAUUCUGUU